AUGACCACGCCCGAAAUCGCGAUCAUCGGAGCCGGCCCCGCCGGCCUGACCCUCCCGCAUUCUGCACCUGCACCGCAUCCCCUGCGCGGUACUCGAGCGGGACGAGGUCUGCCGCACCCGGGCUCGCUCGACCUGCACCCGCACUCGGGCCACGCCGGGACCUCGUCGUCGCCGACGGCAUCAUAG